AUGGUUUCUUCUCCAAUCCUUACUCCAAUCUCAAUGCGGAUCCCUGAUGCAGUACACCCACCUAUUCCAGGCCAAAGUCAUCGGUAUUACGGAAAUAUACACAUUAAGCAUGUAAAACUUCCUCCAAACAGUCAAUCCCUUCGUGGAGGUUCAAGUUAUCCUCGAUAUACCAAUGCAGAAGGUUUAACGGGAAAUGACUUGAGUAUUCACGAUGCAACUGCCGCUGGAAACAUGGAAAGAGUAAAGGAACUACUAGAUCCUCAAGGAUCCGGGGAAACCACCUCUUCCUUUUUACUUGCCAAUGAAGCAAGCCCAUCUUCAGGACUCACGCCGCUACAUUAUGCUGCUUCACGCGGUCACUUUGAAAUUGUAAAGUGGUUGAUCGACGCUGCCGGAGCUAUUGUAGACCUUGAAGAUCAAACUGGUGAGACUGCCUUGUUGAAAGCCUCUUAUAAUGGUCACACGCAUGUUGUGGCAUUCCUUUUGCAAAAGCAUGCGAAAUAUGACCAAAAAGACAAUGAUGGAUGGACUGCUUUACACAAUGCUUCUGCUCAGGGUUAUUUGCAGAUUGUGAAAUAUUUGUUAGAACACACAGCGGCCGAAGUUGAUGUUAGAAGUAGCAAAGGCCAUACACCAUUGAUGAAUGCUGCAUCGAAAGGACACAUUGAUAUUGUCGAAUAUCUUUUGAAUCGCAGAAGUGCAAAUCCACUUAUUAAAAACAAUUUUGGCGAGACCGCUUAUGAUAUUGCUGCUAUAAGUCAGGAAGUGUAUAUUUGCGAAUUAUUGGAGAAAGCGGAACGUGAAUGGUGGAAGGGCAAAAAACCUUUGCCCCAACCGUCGUCGUUUAGUGAUCUUGUGCACUUACCAGCCACAAAUGAGCCAUACGAUAUUUACGCCAUUCAUAUCACUGUCCCUAUUGUUCUACACGAGAAUCAACGAUCGUCUUCCGUUUUUGGUGCGUUGUCUUCACUCCGUGGACCUCCAAAAUACUCAUCAAAUAAUCUUUUGAAAAAUGACGUCCGUGGACCUUGGUCACUUCACCCUAGUGGAAAACCCUCUUCAAUAGAAGAAAUUAAACUUCCAUCUAUGUCGGAUAAUUCUGAUGCAACUUCAUCGAAAUCUUCGCAAAAUUCAUGGUUCUGGGUUACUGAUUGGCAAGUUGAUAUGACACAUCCGCGUGUAGAUUCCCAAGGUUGGCAAUAUGCUAGAAGCUUUGAAGAUUCAGAUAAAUUGUGGCUAGUUGCACCCCCAUCAAACACAGGUAGUUGGGUGCGAAGAAGAAGAUGGGUGCGGGUGAUGAAGCGUGUUGUAGAUCUCAGUUUCAACGGUCAAAGUUAUGCUUUACAACUCGUAAAUGAUAGUGAGAAUGAAGGCUCGAAUUAUGUAAUGAAGGCUGAAGGAAUUAUCAAGAAAUAUCAGGAAAACAGAAGGGGAAAGAUCAACAAUGACCCUCCCGUAGCUGGACAAUUGGCCAAAUAUAAAGAAGCCAUUGAAAUUUUGUCAAAUGGAAUAAAAACCGAUACUAACCAGCAGCGAAAACAAGAGGCCGCAUCACUUAUAAACACUUUUACAAAUCAUGCAGAAUAUUUGGAAAACACGCUAAAAGGGGACGCAUCGGUUUCCCAAACUAGUCCAAGUUUGCAUGAAAUUCCUAUGACGCCUAGUAAUAUUACGACGCCACAACCACCUAUUCCGAUUAGCCUAAACUCAUUGCCCACAACCAAAACGCAAAACGUAGGAUCGAAUUCUCCGCACCAACCAGCGCCAAGCAUUAGAAGUUUCGAAACGCUUGAAAAUCCGUGGUACAAUGAGGUUCAAAGCGAGGACGUUGGUAAUUCUACUCAACCUUCGAUUUUAGAGAAUUCAGUAUCUCCCAUGAGAGUUCAUGCUCAGACAGGUUUAACCAUAGCAAAUGUUCGGGCCCAAUCUUCAACUACUUCCGGCAAAUGGGAAGAUGACAGUGGUGUUAGUGAAUGUCGUCGGUGUCGUAAGAAAUUUGGAUUAUGGGUUAGGAAGCAUCAUUGCAGACGGGUCACCUUACCAGCAUCUCAGGUUCUCAUGGGCCCUUCGGGACGUGGAGACUCCUCCAAUCACCGUGUGUGUGAUUUAUGCUAUCAAUCGACCAAAGGAUUCUCGUCUGAUCGUAGACGUCCGAGCGACAGUUCAACCAUGACCGAAUGCCCCGCUUGCAACGUGCCGCUAAGUAAAGCCACUCAGGAAGACCACCUAAGAAGCUGUCUAGAAAACAACAACAGGAAUGGAAAUAGCAUCCCAAGUUAUAAAUAUGUGGGUGAGCAAGGAGAUUUUUCGUCUUGA